AUGACACACGUCAUUCCUAUCCCCUCUCAAUGCUCAUCAAUAGGCCGACUUCCCCUAAGCAUGUGGUGUAGUCGUGCCAUUGGAUAUAACCCAUCUUAUCCAUUAAGAUGUUGGGUGCUUCUGUCUGAUUGGUCAGCUCUUGAUCCAAUCCGUUUCUGCAUCUCUCCACUUGCUUCUCAUCCACUCCUGAAGCUUAUACUCUCUCUCAGUGCUGGGUGUCUCUCCCUGAUAGCAUUAGGUCUUCUUGGAGUUUAUCCACGCCCUCUCUCCUCUUUAGCAUCUGGUGUCAUUGCCCAAUUGAAUACCUCCAUCCCGAACAUUUACGCUUCUUGCAGUCGUUGCGGGAUAGAUCUUGGCCGUCCGUCCCAUCUCUCAAUCUGCUCGUCCGAUUUGCAUUCUGCUUCGACCAAACUUCUUAGAAUGGUCUCUUAUGUCGUCCAAACUCUUCUCUUCUUGAUUUGGAGAACUUUGAUAUUUCGUCGUCCUGUUGACUCUUCCCAUGUUCGUACAAUGAUCGUCUCACCUAGACAAUCUUGCUGUAUCUUCACUUCUGCUCGAUCGUUCUUGAUCCUGUCUUGA